CAAUGAAGUACUUCGCUGUCGUCGCCGCCCUCGCUGCUACCUGCUUCGCGCAGAACAUUGCCAUUGGCUUCCCCGCUGCCAAUUCGACUGUCAGCCCGGGCCAGUCCAUGACAGUUCAGGUCAAUAAGCCGGACUCCUUGACCGGGUCGACUGAGGUCGGACUCGUGCUCUCAAUGGCAUCUUGCCCAGCCGACGGAUGCACCAGCCCCAGCUACGACCCGUCUGACAUACUCGGUCAAAUCCUCUUCAACGGGCUCUGGGACCCCGAGUUCCAACCCGGAGCUACUCAAUUGCCACCUCACCAGAACUUCACGGUCGAGGUUCCGCCGUCGUUCACUAGCGGCGAAAAUGUUGCUCUCAUUGCUACGCAUCUCGUCUUGGUCGGGGCCGGGCCUGAGGCUAUUCUCCAGACCACCUUCGUCCCUUUGACCGUGUCUUGAUUGGCAGAUACUAGGAAUCGUCUCAAUAAUUUCUUAUGAGCUAACUAUUAUUCACGGACUUCUCGUAUCUAUAGUAUGCGCAUCCUGCAUUACGUGAAUACUGUACAUACUUAGCGAACAACAACACCAGAUACCUGGGUGAUUAAUCUUGCAAUCUCUGCACCGUUUAU